AGACACGAGUGUUAGUUCAGCACGUGCAAGACACUUGGUUUUGUUUAGUGUGUGACGAGACGUUAACAGUGUGGGGUGACAUUCCCGAGACUUGCACCACGUGUAGAACUGUGUUUUCAGCUGCAACUGCUGAGGUUAAAGGUUAGUCGCGACUACUCGUCUGAUCAACGGAGGCUGCUGUUAUGGACCAUCGGAGAGCUGUAAAGUGACUUGCUGACGCACUGUAGCAGAGACAGCGCGGUGUCCUCAGGAGGAACUGGAUUCAGUGUGGGACUGGUGAGCAGCCACCGACAGAGCCACUGAACUAUAAGUCGGACUUUUUGUGUGUUUAUCUACCAAAAACUGAUUUCCAGUGUUUCCAUUUUUAUGUGCAGUGUCUUUACUUAUAUUGGUCAACAGACCUUAGCAAACAAGAUUUACAAAGGGGUUAUGCAUAAAAUUUAAAAAUUAACAGUUAUGACUUUAUAUCUUUAUGACUCUGUUACUGUACAUACAUAACCAGUCCAGUCCUUUUUGGCCCCUUAAAAUGUCUUUUUAGAACUCUUGCUAUAUUUGUUGCAAUUUCUGCUGUCCUCUUGGCCACAUUACUCUUAAAAAGCCAUUUUUUAAUGUCAAUGAGAUUUUUUAACAGGAUAGUAAAGGAUACAUAAAAGUCACUUUGCCAAAAACUGAUUGUGGCUUCUACCUUGUGAUAAGAAUGUUGUUUGUGGCUCAAGAUGACUUGAUAUCAUUCAUGAGGGAUACAUUUGACACGUUUCACAUAGUAUAGGCCAACAAGUUUUUUUUAUAGCAGUGUAAAUAUGGGGAGUCGCUUCUUGGCAAAUACCGGAAAUCAGUUUUUGACAGGCAAUCACAUUUUGGCACAACAUCACCAAUAGGUGAUAACCUGAUUUUGUGUUGCUUAAUAUCAUUUCAAACGGUAUUAUUUAAUUUAAAAAGCAUAUUUCAUUUGCUGAAGGAACUGUGAUAUCAUUUGAAUUUUAAAAAAUGUGUGUUUUUGUAGAUUUUUAUCCUGCACCUAACUACAGUAAAUGUUCUGUUCUUGUGCUUAAGUUGUCUGGGGUCCAUUCUUUCAUUAGUGUUUACGUGUAACCUGCAGGCAAGGGGUUUACGGUUAGUUUCCCUGAUUCCUGUCCAUACCAAAACCAUUGUGGAAUCUGUUCUAAUAACGAACCCAACACCCAACAUAGUGGGUCUAAACUGAUGUAGGAGGGUUUAGACUCAGUAUAACAGGUGGAGUGCUACACUUUUCAACACAUCUGUUGAAGUUCUUAGACCUCAAAAAAUAAUUUUGAAUAAUUUGUGCAUGUCUUUAUGAAGGUGUCUGACACAUCUUCUUGUGGAUCUGGUUACCCACUAGCAGAGAAUGCACAGAAAACUUUCCUUACCAUUACUUAGAAUGAUAAACCUGUAAUACCACAAGUUCAUCACACCAAACCUCAUUAGAUCUAAGGUAAGCUUAUUAUUGGAAUAAUUUUUGGAAUAACACAUUAGCUAUUCUGAUUAGAAAUGAAAUAGAGGAAAGAAGAAAUACUGGAGUCCAGUUACCUUCAAAGACUUUAUUUUCAAAGAUUUGCAUUUUAUUUUACUAUGUGUGCUGCAACCUGUAGAACAACUGGUGUGGUGCAAGUUCCUGUUUCACUUCCUCAGCAAGUUUUAAUAUUUCUGUGAAAAUUUACAGCAAAAGCUUCAAAGUACUUGAUCAUUGUGAUAGCACUGAAAGAAAUUGCCUGAUGUGAGUCAUUUCCUCAUCUGAGCUGUGAACCACAGCAAAUCUGUGUCUGUUGAUGAGUGAGACGCGAUGUGGACUACACUUUUUAUCACAACAACCCUCUGUUUUUCUGUGUCGCAAGCUGGUGAUUUUUGUGAAAAUGUUCUAGAUGAAUGCCGAAAGCAUGACUCAUGGAUUGGUUGUUAUGAAGAUCGAAUUAUGACCUGCAAACCAAGAGGCCGCAUCAUGACGGGCAUUAAACAACUCAAAGUAGACUCGCGUCAAGAGGUUGAUGUGAGUCCUACAUUUGAACAUAGAGUUCACAUCCCAUCAUCAGCUCUCCAGAGAAGCAGAGGAAAUGUGCCUGAGGUGGAGGUCCAGGUGGUGGCCUCUGUAAUUAACAGCAGUUAUUUUAAGCUGAGUCCUCCCCCAAGAAAUAGGAUACAACAAAUUUACCGCAGAAAUGGCAAAGUGUUUAGGGACUCAGUCGUAUGUGUGCGGGCAGGAAACCGUGCAGUCGAGAAUCUCUCACAACCCAUCACGUUAAGCUUCAAACACAACAAAGAGGUUGAAAGUGGAACUUGCGUAUUUUGGCAGGAAACAUCAGCAGAGGAUGGAACAGGUUACUGGAGCGGUCAAGGCUGUGAAACAAAUUACACGGCACAUGAAUUUAUUUGCAGCUGCAACCAUCUGAGCUUCUUUGCUGUGCUUGUGAAUCCAGGAAUAUCGGUGACAAAAGCUGAUGCCGACAAGCUAAGCUACAUCACUUACAUUGGAUCAGGACUCUCCGCCCCCUUCGCACUGAUCAGUUUGUUCAUCUAUAUUUAUCUACAUCGGCGGCAUCCUGAGAAAUCCAUAAGUCUGCACAUGCAGCUAACAGUGGCGAUGUUCUGCCUCCAUCUCACCUUCCUGCUGUCCAGUCUCCUGGUCCAACUACUGAAGGAAAAAGAGGACAGCUCAUCUUGCCUGGUACUGGGUCUGGUUUUACACUGGUCCCUGCUGGCCACCCUGACCUGGAGUGCUCUGGAGGGGUUCCACCUCUACCUUCUGCUCAUCCGGGUCUUUAAUAUCUAUGUGAGGAGGUACCUGCUCAAACUCAGCCUGAUUGGAUGGGGUUUUCCUACAGUGGUUGCAGCUGUUUGUGGGAUUUCACGUGUUUAUGGCAAAUACACUCUGAAUUACAGCAACAGCAAUUUAACACAACACAUAUGCUGGAUGAGCAACGAGUCUGAACAAAAGCUCCUCAUAGUCAGCUACAUCACUACCGUGGCCUUUCCUUUCUUGGUGGUAUUGUUCAAUGCCUGCAUGCUGGGGCUGGUGGUGUUUAAGAUGUGGGAUCUAAGAAGAGGUGAUAGAAACUUUGGAAGCAGCAGUGACUGGAAGAAGAUAAACAAAGAGAAAAGAAAGAGGUUAUGGAAGGACUGUGUCACAGUGCUGGGCCUCAGCUGUGUGCUGGGGUUACCUUGGGGGUUAGCCAGCACUACAUACGUUUCACUCCCUGGGAUCUAUGUAUUCACCGUAUUGAACUCCCUUCAAGGUCUAUUUAUUUUCCUGUGGUCUGUGGCUUUGGCCUGGUCAAAGUCUCAAGCUGCAAAUAACUCAUCAACCAGAGACUCUUCCUCUCAGAAAAUGGUGACUACUAGUUUCAACAGCGGAUACUGAAAAGACAAAUGUACUAUCUAUGACCUAUAUUAGGUGAUAGGCUUCUAUUGAUAUGUAGUUCAGUAUAACUAAUAUAUAUAUAUAGAGAGAGGGGGAGUGAGAGAUGUUUUAUUUCUUCCUUUUUCUAUGCAGAAAGUAAAAAAAAAAAAAUACAGAGAUUCUUGUGAUUUCCUGUUUGAGAUAUGAACACGCAAACAUCAAUAAAAACCAC